UUUAAAAACAAUGAUUUGUUCUCUUACUUCAUGCUCGUUGCCUAUGAGGUCUCAGGUCUUAUCCGUUUCACCAUCAUGUUGUUCAUCUGGCCCAUCAUCGCACUCCUCAACGUCUAGGACUACAAAAACGCCGCUCUCAAGCUCAUGAUCUUCGUAGCAACGUCCGAUAUCCGCGAAUCGGAGAUGAAGCUGGUGGCUAGAGCCGUCCUGCCAAAGUCCUACAUAGAUGACGACUGACGAGGAUGCCUCGAGUUAUGGUGGAAAGGUUUGCUAAGGAUCAUCUUGGAGCCGAUGAGGUCAUCCGUACGGAGCUGAUCGUGAACGGGCUCGGUUUUGUCACCGGUUUGGAGCAAAUUCAUGCACCGGUUCACUUGAACCGCCGUGAGGAACAACUUGAGCUGCAGCCUCCAAAGCCAGUAAUCUUCCACGAUGGACGCUUUGUGAAGCGGCUAACACCAACCAUGAUUCUGCCAAUGAAAUAGCGAAAUCAUGAUUUUGGAUCAACAUUAAGCAAUCGCAAUGGUUGUUUUUUUUAGGUUGGAGUCAUGAUUUCUGCGUUUGAAUCACAUUUUGGAACUAAAUUACUAGGCUGUUGUAUUUUGUUUUUGCUAAGAAAAUAAUUGUGAUUGUUAUUUGUGGUUUCUUGUCUCUAUCGUUUUAGGUUUCUUUAUCUGUGGUUGAGUAGAUACUAUACGAUUGUGGA